AACUUCCAGGUCUCGGCUACCAUGUCUGUCUUUCUCGCCAUCGUGUUUCUAUCUUUGAACGUGGGAGAAUCUGGAGGGGCCAUCAAACCUGUGGUGACCUUCACACCCAACUGGGGGAAUAUAUUAUACUAUGACUCUGUGACUCUAACAUGUGAUGUGCCGUCUACUGAGGAGUCCCGGACCUAUCAGUGGUACAAAGAUAACCAACCAAUACCAGGAGAGCAACAGAGACUUUAUAUCAUUGGAUCUUCAGUGAUUCGGGACAGAGGAGAUUACCAGUGUCAGACCAUCGGUGGUGAUAUCAGUGAUCCCGUCUUCCUAAAUGUUAUAUAUAGUGAGUGAUCUCCUCUCAUCUCCAUCAUUACAGAUUGUUGGGUGUGAAUAGAACAACAUAAAGUAUCAUUUUAUUACAUUUCAGAUAAU